AUGAGUCAAUUGGAUGGCUAUAACAUGAUGAUUGUUUCAAAAUAUUUUAAAGAUAUUAAAGACUUUGCCACCCUCAUUUUUGUGUGCAAGAAAUUUUCAGACACCGCUGUUAAGUUUCAUUUCAACCCAAUACCUUUAACUCGAGAAACACUCAAAUUCUUCCCACAUAUUGAAACACUCUUUUUGUACUCAAUAAAAGACCCGAUACUCCGUGACGGGAAUAUUCAAAGAUAUUUUGCGAAUUUCACAUGUAGUGUAUGGGGAUACAAAUUCUAUUUGUCUCAUGGUGUCGAGUGUCGAGACGUCGGGUUUUUUUAUAAAGACUGUCUGUCAGAAGAACCGCCAGCAAUUCCAAAAGUAGUGUCAUCCUUCAAUCCAUAUUGUUUUAGUCGUCACGCGAUGCCAACGAUUAUCGUCACCAAGAACAUUCGAAGAGUUGCUGAGCUGUCGUUUGCAACAGCAAAUGUUCGGAAUGUUGUUUUUGAAAAUUUGAUAACAGACCUUCCAUUUGGGACAUUUUUGAAUUGUAAUCACCUCACAAACAUCACUUUACCACAGACAAUCACUUCUAUACAAAACUUGUGUUUUUGUGGGUGCAUGUUUUCCAGUAUAAAAAUCCCCGAUGGCGUGGUUUAUAUGGGAGAGCAGUGCUUUUCACAUUGUAUAAAAUUAAGGGAAAUCCAUUUCCCUCCAAAAGUAACAAAAAUUGAAAAUUAUUCUUUUAUAGGAAAUGACGCACUUUAUUUUAUUGAUUUUAAAAACAUUAGCGAGAUCGGGGAGAGUGCCUUUUAUAAGUGUAAAAGUCUUCAUAAUAUUGAAUUUGGUAAAAGUGUCAAAAAACUCGGGGAAAGUUGUUUUUCGAAUUGCACAAAUUUAGUUUCUGUAAGAUUCCCUAUAACACUCACUUCGAUCGGUUCGCUUGCGUUUUCUAAAUGUAAACUACAACUUGUGGAUAUCGAUUAUACACUCGAAGAUAACAGGGAAGUGCGUUUUGUUCAAGAAAACGUCGUGUUUCAGCACAACAAAACGCUUUUAUCAUUUUAUUGUAAUAAUCCUGAUAUUAAAGUGAAUGGAAUUAAUGUCAUACAAAAUACGCAUUUUGUAAUUUCAAAUGCUAUUUUGUGUUUGUCCAAUUAUUGUUUUUCAAAUUGUUUUGACAUCACAGAAAUGGUCAUUCCAAGUUCAGUUUCAAAGAUUAAAAAUGAUUGUUUUUACCGCUGUGCAAAAUUACACAAAGUGAUUUUUAUGGAAAACAGACAAAGUGAUCUUAUUCUUGGCCAAAACGCAUUUUAUUCUUGUGCUCAAUUAAGUGUUAUAAAUGUGCCAAAAGAACUGACACGUGUUGGACAAAAGUGCUUUUCACAGUGCAAUUUUUCCAUUUUUGAUUUUCAGAAGAGCACAAAAAUAAAAUCAAUUAAAGCUUUUACUUUUGAAAAUGAUAAAAUGCUCACCUCAAUCCAAAUUCCGUCCACAAUCACUAAAAUUGGACAAUACGCUUUUUGUGGGUGUGAAAAGUUACAAAUUUUUUUAUUUCCUACGCAAUUACACAAAAUAGAAAAUAACUGUUUUUCUCACUGUAAUUUAACAGCUCUUGACUUUGCACCACUUCACAAUUUGACAUCAAUUGGAGCGUCUUCUUUUUCGUUUUGUUCAUCUCUUCGUCAAAUUUCAAUGGGUUCAGUGUUAACAAAACUCCCUGACAAUUGCUUUGAAAAUUGCGUUUUGUUGUCCGCAAUUGAAAUUCCACAAAAUGUGACAUAUUUAGGAAAUAGAUGUUUUUCAUAUUGUUACAGUUUGAAAAGUGUUGUUCUUCCAGACAACUUGCGUUUUGUUGGCCAUCACUGCUUUUCGUGUUGCGCAGUUCAAAAUGUGAUUUGGCCAUCAAUUGCUUCCGUCCCAAAUUUCUGUUAUUACAAUUGCAGAAAUUUGGAAUCUUUCACUUUUGCUGAACAACAAAAUGCGUCAAUCACAAUUGGUAUUGCCUCUUUCUACAAUUGUAUCGCGUUAAAAAGAGUUUUGUUAUCAAAAAAUGUCACAGAAAUUUGUGAUUUUGCAUUUUCAAAUUGUAAAAAGAUUUUAACUUUUUCAAUCCCACAAAGUGUGACUUACCUUUCUUCUUUCUGCUUUGAAGAGCCCAACGACAUGUCCGCGCUUUUCAUUGGUUUUUGA